AUGGCCGAAGGCCUGGCAGAAAAUAAGCAUUUACCCGGUAAGCGGAUUUCUCGCGUCUACGGAGAAUGGGCAAAGGGUGGAUGGGGAGCCCUUCUCACAGGAAAUGUGCAAGUUGACGUUCGUCAUCUCGGUGGUGGCGGUGAUCUGGCAACGCGUGAGUCUCACUUAGCUGAUGAGGAGGCACUGAAUGCAUGGAGAGAAUACGCCAACGCCUGUCAACAACAUGGCACGCCGACGAUCGCUCAGAUUUGUCACCCUGGUCGUCAGUCUCCUAGAGGUGCAGGUGAAAAGGCUCUUUUCGAGAAGCCUAUAGCGCCGAGCGCCAUUCCCCUUGAUAUCGGCAAGGGCUGGGCUGCUGCUAUCGUCCAGAAUGUCGCUUUCGGGGUGCCACGGGCCAUGAACCAAUUUGAUAUCAACCUGGUGACUGCACAAUUCGUAACUUGUGCGCGUGUGCUAGCACAAAUUGGUUUCUCCGGUAUUGAGAUCCAUGCGGCACACGGUUACCUUCUGUCCCAAUUCCUCUCAGAAAAAAGUAACACUCGUGAUGACCAAUAUGGGGGUGACGCUACACGGCGCGCCCGUAUUAUCCUUGACAUAAUCUAUCAAAUUCGAAAGGCUGUGCCGAAGACAUUUUGCGUUGGGAUCAAGUUGAACUCUGCCGAUAGCAGCUCGGCACAGUUUGAAGAUACCAUGACCCAAAUUGGUCUUUUUGUCGAUGCAGGUGUGGAUUUUCUUGAAAUAUCUGGUGGAAGCUAUGAAGACCCGACGAUGAUGGGCCGCGGAUUGCGAGAAGAAAGUAACAGCCCCGAAAGCCUAAAGAAGGAAUCUCGGGAAGCCUUCUUUUUGGACUUUGCAACGCAAGCAAGGAAGCGGUUCCCGGACCAAAUCCUCAUGCUCACUGGAGGAUUUCGAACCCGAAAAGGUAUUGAGUCCGCAUUAAAGGCUGGAGUCUGCGAUCUUGUCGGUAUAGGCCGCCCAGCGGUCCUCAACGUAAACUUUCCACGCCUCAUGAUUGACGAUGCUGUAUACACCGAUCAGCAAGCCCGGGUGGUCUUUCCCAAGGUCCAAGUUCCAUUCCUGGCCAGGCUACUCAACAUCAAAAUGUUGGGUGGAGGUGCAGAAACAGUGAGUUGA